AUGUCUGACAUAGCUAAAGAGGUACGGAGAAAAUAUCUGAUUCAACUUCAAGCCCGCCCUCUUAGAACCAAGGUCUUUUGGCGGUUGUUGAUCAUUGCCCGCAAUAACUGCUGGGGUGUUGGCUGGAUGCAGCGAUGCAAUUGCCCAAAAGAUUUCUGUGAUCAAAAGGCUUCAGUUGAGAAGAUUGCUUCUUAUCAUGUUAAGUUGACUUCUUCAUUUGUAGUUUCAAUUCAAGAUCUAUGGCUUUGCAUAUGGAGGACCUUUUGGGCACUUCCUUCACAAAUUGAUGGAUAUUAUUUUCAAGGGAAAGAAGAACACGAAACUGUAGCAAAGAAGGUGUUGUUGGAACAAUUAACUUCUUCUGCUUGGAACAACAUGGUUUUUAUGAUGUACUAUGGCUUGGUAGUUGAGGUGUUCUCAUUUCAUGUCAAAUGUGCUAUUUCUCAUUUGGUGGUCUCCCCAUCCUGUAGUAGCUUUAUUUUCUCGUUGUUGAUGUUUUUAAAGCCAGGAAAAAGAGAAUAUUUACAGAGAGUCUACUAUAUCCAAAAACUUUGGUUUGUUGUUGCGGGAAGACCAUGGGGUUUAGUCAAGAGUAAGGUUCGUAAGGACCACCCUUCUGUUCAAUUGACAGCAUGGAAGUUCUGGCCUAUAGUUAGCUGGGUGAAUCACCAGUAUAUGCCUUUGCAGUUCCGUGUUCUAUUUCAAGGCUUUGUUGCUUCAUGCUGGGCUAUCUUUCUAAAUCUGAGAGCAAGGACUGCCACAAUUGAGCAGGCAUAGAAUGGGGCAACCUUUUUCUCCUAGUUUCCUUUAUGCAUUUUUAGCAUAGAACCCCACGUUUUGAUAGAACUUAGAAUGAUAGAUUGAUUUAUUCCUGUAAUUUGGCAGCUGUUUGUUGGUAUCCUGAGACUUUAUGUUCUUCUUUGAGUAGUAGAUGUUAGUUUAAUCUCGUGAUUUAUGCACUAAAGCAAUCACCUUUGCUUUAAGAUCUGUAAAGUGAUUUCUUUAAAUUAUAAAAAGAAUAUAUAAUGUUUAA